AUGUCUACUUUGCAAUAUUAUCGUGAAUUAGCUUGGGCUGAAUCAUAUGCAGUCGAUCUUGAAGGAGCAGUUAUAUGUAUUUGUGAAUUUGAUUCUGUGAAAUAUUUUGAUCGACAACUAUUUUCAAAUUUAACAAAUGAAGAUGAAAAGAAAACAGAAGAUUUACUUCAAAAUGUUCUUGAAUAUAAACGUCAUUGGAAACAUAUUAUUCCUUACGAAGUAGCAACUGGUCGAAAUUCUAUUCUAUAUCAUUAUGGUAAAGCAGAAAAUCUGACUAAACUAUUGAAUAAAUGUCGUCAAGAAAAAGUUACUAUAGGAACUGUACUACUUCAUGACCCUGCAUCUAAAUUUUCAAAUUUUAAAUAUGAUUUGGAUGUUAAUUUACGUCAUCGUUAUUCUUUACCACUUGAUCGUUAUGAACAUGUUGGUCUUCAUAUUGCAAUGAUGACUUUAAACGAUAUUAGUAUUUCUCUUGAAACAAAAUUUUGGUCACUUUAUCGUAUUAUUCUUAAUGAUUUACAAAAGAAUUUAACUGAUGGAAAACAUUUAACUUAUCUUCGCGCAAAUCAUCUAUCAUCUACAGAUGAACAAAUAGAUGAAAUAAUGAUCCUAAUAAUGGUACUUAUUCAUUUCAACAAGAAUUUGAAGAUAUAA